CAGCGCCGACAUUUCCCGUGGGGUCGCGGCUUUCCGCAGCAGCACGGCCGAGGACAGCUCUCUUGGUCGGAGAUGAUGGACGCCCUGCCGGCUCGCGGCUGCCCGGAGGAGGACUGCUACUUUCGGAAGGGAUGUAAUCCUCUUGCUGAGACUGGUCGAAGCAAACUACAAAAUCGAAGAGCUGUCCUAAACCAACAGAUCUUGAGAGCAGUAAGAAUGAGAGCUGGUGCUGAAAACCUGUUACGGGCUACCACCAACAACAAAGUACGAGAACAGGUACUACUGGAACUGAGUUUUGUAAACUCAGACCUGCAGAUCUUAAAGGAGGAGUUAGAAGGACUUAAUAUCUCAGUAGAAGUUUAUCAAAAUACGGAAGGGACUUUCAGCAUUCCCUUGGUACCUCUUGGCCUAAAGGAAACCAAAGAAGUAGACUUUACGCUCCCCCUGAAGGACUUUAUUCUGGAACAUUAUAGUGAAGACAGUUCAGAGUAUGAAGAUGAAAUAGCAGACCUCGUGGAUCUGAGACAAGCCUGCCGCACUCCUAGCCGUGAUGAAGCUGGCAUUGAGAUGUUGAUGAGCUAUUUCCUUCAACUUGGUUUUAUAGAAAACAGAUUUUUCCCACCUACCAGACACAUGGGAGUGUUAUUUACAUGGUAUGAUUCCUUCACAGGUGUUCCUGUGUGUCAGCAAAAUCUGCUGCUGGAAAAAGCGAGUAUUUUAUUCAAUAUUGGAGCCCUCUACACCCAGAUUGGAACAAGAUGCAAUCGUCAGACCCAGGCUGGACUUGAAAAUGCUGCUGAUGCUUUUCAGAGAGCUGCAGGAGUCCUAAGCUACUUAAAGGAGACCUUUACUCACACACCAAGUUAUGACAUGAGCCCAGCUAUGCUGAACGUACUCGUGAAGAUGAUGCUUGCUCAAGCUCAAGAGUGUGCUUUUGAGCAGAUCAGUCUCCCUGGAAUACGCAAUGAGUUUUUCACACUAGUGAAAAUGACACAGGAAGUUGCCAAGGUGGGAGAGGUUUACAUGAUGGUUAACACUGCAGUGACUCAGGAACCAGUGAAAGAAAAUAUCCCGUAUUCCUGGUCUAAACUGGUACAAAUAAAAGCAGACCACUACAGAGCUCUGGCACAUUACUUCCUUGCCACCAUUCUGUGUGACCAUGAAUUGCAGUCCAAUGAUGAUGAAGAUCAGCAGGAAAAAGCCUUAUCUCAGCUGUAUGACUACGUCCCAGAAGGUGUGAUGAUUCUCACCAUUUUAAAGGACAAAGUUCAGAGAAAACAACUAGGGAAGGCCCAUUUACACAAAGCCAUUGUUUACCACGAAGAAGCUCUAAGAGUCUGUGGUUUGUGCAAAAAACUUCGAAACAUUGAAGUUCUUCUGGAGGUUCUGACAGCUGCACAUAAGCGCUCACUUCUCAAAUAUGCUCAGCAGGAGACAGAAGAUGACUUUCUCAGUCUAAUCCAGGCUCCAGAUAUUCUUCCUAAAACAGAGCAUAAAGUAGAAAUGGUUGCUCCUCAGUUUUCCAAGGUGAAAGUUGAAGACUUUUUUCACAGACUGGGCCCGCUGUCAGUGUUCUCAGCCAAGCAGAGAUGGACGGCUCCACGUACCAUUCACUUCCACUGUGAAACAGGAGAGCUGGGAUUCAGCCUUAAAGGAGGUUCACCAGUACAGAUUUACUGUCUUGAUCCAGUUUGUUCUGCAGCAUCAGCGGGCCUAAAAGAAGGUGAUUACAUUGUUUCAAUUGGUGGAGUGGAUUGCAAAUGGCUUGGAGUGAAUGAGGUUCUGGAAAAAUUCGAAAGUGUGGGAGAGCAGCCCAUUGAGGUUGAGGUUAUCAGCUGCCAGGAUACAACAGCAUCUGUGCAUAACAAGAGUGCCACUUACUCUGUGGGAAUGCAGAAGACAUACUCCCUGAUCUGUUUAGCCAUGGAAGAGAACAAGACUGAUCAGGCUAAGAAAGCCCCACUCAAACUGCCUUUUCUAAGCUGGGGAACUAAAAACAGACAGAAGUCUGCAAGCACCCUCUGCCUUCCUUCAGCUGUGGCUGGAAGUUCUCAGGUUAAGAAAAAGUUUUCUCCCUUCACGUUUCUGGGUACAGAAAGUUCACUGUACUGAAUCUUUCUGAAGGAGCCAUGAAGUUUUUUCUUUUAAAUGUAUAUAAAACACAUUGAUCAAUGUUAUCUUUAUCUAUACAUGUGUAUAACUUCAGACAAGUGCCACUGACUUCACUUACUAUGAAGAUCAGAGUUUGGCAGAAACUGUAGAACUGGAGUCAAUUUGAAGGUUAGAACAAAAUGGUUUGAGAGAUGGAAAAAAGUUUGUUGAUGAUUAAAUGGCUUGCAGAGACAGGAUUCCUUUGGAAUUUCAAAAUACAGUAUCAUCACCAAUUUUUGUAACUAUUGUAGAUGGGAGUUAUUUAUUACAAACUUGAUGCUGCAUGCAAAACAGUAGGGAACACAGUGAAGGAUGAUUUUGCUGUAAAAAUGUAGAGUUCAUAAUAAGUUGCUUAACACUACUUCACAGAAUUAUCUUAAAGAACAAAGGAGAGAGGAAGCUGUUACAGAAAAUAGCUUUCUGCAAAGGGUGGUCUAACAGUUGUUUUUAUGCAUAAACGUUCUCUGAGAGCACGAGGUAUAUUCUGUGGAAUAGCUGACAUGACUUAGCAACAGAAUUAGAAGGCUCAGAAGUCAUACAGUCUUUUGAACUACAAAGGACUUUGACUCUGCUCUUUUCUGAUCGAGGUUACGUGUGCAUUAUUAAAAACAGGUUGUUUGCCAGACUUGAAAUUAUUUAACCUAGUUACAAGAUGAUCUGCAUUUCAUUACUCUUGUUAAAAUUGAUAGUUGUGGAACAAAUCUCAAAACUGACAUUUUCUAGUAUAUUGACCAAGAAUAUGUAAGUUGUAGUGACACUUUCAAAACAUGAGGAAAAAAAGUCCUUAGAAAUCACAGUGGGAGACUAUUAUUGUGCCAGGUAAGAAAACUGAUAUGAAAUCUUCUACUUCUUGGAACAUCUCAUGAGCAUGUAUUGACAAGGAGAUGAAAAACCUCUGAGUAUUUCUGCUAAACUCUUCUAUUUUAUGAAAUUAAUUGAAAGUUGCUAACACUUUAGUGUUAGUUAAUGUUGCUAUCUACAGAGUAGAUAUUUGCUGUUUGAUACUCAAAACUUAUGGGAAAGCUUGUGUCUGGGUGUAAACUUCAGAGGUGUCAUUUUUAGUUUCUUAAUAAUAGGUGUAAAUAUGUUAAUGACUUAUUUAAGAAUAAAAAUCAGAUGCUGCCAUUGGGUAAUGACUCUUUGAUUCUACUGCUGCUUGGAAAAUAAAACGUGUUACAAGUUUUUACUACUUUCUGGUACCAUACCCCUGCAGGUUUCUGUAAUGCUCCUUUCAAUAAAAGUAUCUCCAUUC